AUGGCAACCGUCGCCAUGGACGACUCUCUCAAACAUGUGCCUUCGUCCCAUGCGGAGGGCACUAGCACCGCCUACCAGAGAAUGCCAGAGUCUCUUCUGCAUCUCAGUGAACAAGAGGUCGCCGCCAUGAACAAGAAGCUCGUCCGCAAGAUCGACUCCAUUAUCCUUCCCAUAAUUGGCAUCCUGUACAUUCUUAACUACAUCGAUCGUCAAAACUUAGCCGCUGCUAAACUACAUGGCAUUACCGACGAUCUCAAUAUGACGACCGAAGAAUUCGCUACCGCUAUUUCGAUCCUCUUUGUUGGCUACUUGCCUUUCCAAAUCCCGAGCAAUCUCAUUAUUGCAAAGAUUUCACGACCGGGCAUGUAUAUCUGUGUUGCCGUUAUCAUCUGGGGCACCAUCUCGGCAUGUACUGCUCUCGUGAAAUCCUAUGGUCAGCUCCUCGCUGUCAGAGCCGUUCUCGGUGUUGCCGAAGCCGUCUUCUUUCCGGGUGCCAUCUACUACCUUUCCGCAUGGUACACCAAGACCGAGCUUGGAAAACGCAUUGCUAGUCUUUACAUUGCUCAACAAGUCGGUAACGCCUUUGGUGGUCUUUUUGCUGCUGCCAUCUUCCAGCUCGAUGGCCGACACGGGAUCAGAGGCUGGCAGUGGCUGUUCAUCAUCGAGGGUAGUGCCACCGUUGGAAUCGGUGUUGUCUGUGCAUUCUUUAUGCCUGAAUUCCCCUACAACAGCCGCAUCCUCUCACAACCCGAGCGAGAUCUUGCCGUCUGGCGAAUGGAGUCAACCACUGGUGCAGCCGAAGGGUCACAGAAGGAGGAGAGCACUCUCAAGAGUUUUGGAAAAGCCCUGUCCGAUCCCAAGCUCCUGCUUCUCAUUUUCUGCAACCUCCUCUCGCAGGCUCAAGGCUCGAUCGCCAAUUACUUCCCUACUCUGGUAGCCUCGCUCAAUUUUGGCAGUACUGUCAGCCUGCUCCUCACCGCACCACCCUACAUUCUUGCUGGUGCUGUUUACUGGGUCCUGAUGUGGUAUAGUGACCGGAAGAAUACAGCGUACCCUAUCAUCAUCGGCUGCAUUGCCAUUGCCAUUGGCAUGUACAUCAUUCCCAUGUCAACACUCAACGUCCCUGCACGUUAUUUCUCCAUGAUGAUCCUUCCCUUUGCGUCUGUCGGCCCUCAGCUUGUGCUUUACAAGACCAUCAACCUUCAUCUUGCACGGCCUGUGUCGAAGCGUGCCGCCGCAUCUGCUUUGGUUAAUGCUAUUGGUGGCACAUCCAACAUCUGGGCAUCCUAUCUUUACUAUGCGCCCCCUCACUUUUACGCUGCAUUCGGGACUUUGAUGGCAUGCGGCUUUCUUUUCGCUGGUACCAUCACUGUCUAUCGUUGGCUUGUCUUGCGCGAGAACAAGCGACUGGAAUCCGGUGACCCUGAGGAGAUUGCCAAGGUCAUCAAUGGUGGUGUUACAGAAGAAAUGGUUCAGCUUGGAUGGCGCUACGAAAUGUAUUGA